GGUGUAUUCAUCCAACUGGGGACGGGUUCUGUUCUCUGGUUGAAAUUGCUCAACAACCAUGACUCGCGGAAAUCAGAGGGAGAAAGAUAGAGAAAGAGCUCAGGCUAGAAAAGCUGGGGGCAAGAAUGUUAAGGAUGAUGGUCUGACUCCGUUACAGCGCCGUGAGAGGGAUGCAAAAGCACUUCAAGAAAAGCAGGCAAAGAAAACGGCAUGUGACAGUAAAGGGAAUAAGGAUGCCAGCCUGAACAAGGAUGCAAAAGCACUUCAAGAAAAGCAGGCAAAAAAAGCAACACCAGCCGAAGGUGGUGUCAAUAAAGGGAUUAAGGACACUAGCAUUAACAAGGAUGCAAAAGCGGUUCAAGAAAAGCAAGUAAAUAAGGUGGUAGUAGCUGAUGGUGGUGACAAUAAAGGGGUUAAGGACGCUAGCAUUAGCAUGGAUGCCAAAACACUUCAAGAAAAGCAGGUAAAGAAAGUCACACCAGUUGAAGAUGGCGGCAGUAUAGAGAAUAAAGAUGCUAACGUGGACAAACAAUAAGUCUCUUCGUUUUUGAAGAGACUAGUGUUUCCGUCAACAAAUUUCUAUUCCAAUGCCUCUCUUGUAAAACUUUAUGUUUGGUGUAUCUCUUUUGCCUAUUCCCCAGAUAUGGCUAUUUGAGUUGAUUGUUCGUGUUUGAGUGUUUUCUCAGUUUGGGCAUGUGAAGAAAUUGCAAAGUUGUGUUUAAAACCUUUUUAAUUUUAACUGUGUGAAAAUAUUAUCAAUUUGGUACUUGGAAAUUGGAAUGGAUACGUUUGCAGAAUUGGAUCAG